AUGACAGACCCAACUGACCAGCCACACCAAAUGCACCACAUCCAGCAUGCGGAUCUCAAAAGCUUCGUGCAACAAAUCCUCAUCGCAAACGGCACAUCACCCAGCGACGCAGAGGUUGUCGCAAAAUGCCUCGUAGCAGCCGACCUACGAGGAGUAGACACACACGGAAGCAAUCGCAUCCCAUCAUACAUGAAGCGGAUCCGCCAAAAAGUCCUGAACCCAUCCGCAAGACCAACAAUCAACCAAGUGACACCAGCAGUAGCGCAAGUGGACGCACACAACGGCUUCGGCUUUGUAGCCGCACACGCGGGCAUGAAACGAGCCAUUGAAAUGGCCCAAAUCUACGGAAUCGGCAUGGUUUCCAUCAAACACUCGAACCACUUCGGCAUGUCAGCUUGGCUAGUCCAACAAGCCCUGGAAGCAGACAUGAUGUCACUGGUAUUCACGAACAGUUCGCCAGCACUACCAGUCUGGGGCGGGAGAGAGAAACUAAUGGGCGUUUCACCCAUCGCAUGUGGUGCACCAUCUGGGAAUGAUGCCCGGCCAUUUAUCCUCGAUAUGGCGCCGUCAAUUGCAGCCCGGGGGAAGAUCUACAAGGCUCUCCGGCGGGGCGAGAAGAUUCCUACAGAUUGGGCGCUUGAUGGGGAGGGACGUCAGACUGAUGACCCGGCGAGUGCAUUGCAAGGUGUUAUGCUACCAAUGGGCGGGCCGAAGGGGUCUGCGUUAUCUGUUAUGAUGGAUGUGUUUUCGGGUGUAUUGUCUGGAUCAGCUUUUGCGGGAGGAGUCACGAAUCCGUAUGAUCCUUCUAAGCCGGCGGAUGUGGGACAUUUCUUGGUUGCUAUUAAGCCUGAUUUGUUUAUGACUAUUGAGGAGUUUAAGGGGAGGAUGGAUUAUUUGUAUCAGCGGGUUGUUGAGUCGGAGAGGAUGGCUGGUGUGGAUCGGAUUUAUUUCCCUGGGGAGAUUGAGAUGGUUACUGAAGAGCGGAGGUUGAUGGAGGGUAUUCCUUUUGCUGAGGCUGAGAUUGCUGAGUUGAAUAAGGAGGCGGAUUUGGCUGGGAUUGAGCAUUUGAGAGUGUGA